UUUUAUCUUCCCACCUUCGCCGCAUCCCGCUAAAUACGGUAUCCUUCAACAACAACAACAACCAGACGACUCUUGCGCCUGUUGACGAACGGUCUCUCUCUCCCUCGUCGAAGCGAAUCGAUCCCUCUCAAUAAUGCUGCGGCUAAGCGUUUCAUGGGAUCAAAGGAAGCAGAGCGGCCAGGUUGAUUUCAACGCGGGCUUCACCGCGCCGCCGGCACACCUCGCGAUCCUCUACAUCGCUUCGGCGGCCGCCGGUCUCGCCGGCGCCCUCCUCGCCGGGAGAAGGCUGCUGUGGGCGCUGGAGCUCACUAUUCUAUCCGAUGUUGGCAACAUGUUCACCCUCUCCGUUUUGCUCCCUACCCUAACUAAAAAGGUGAAGGAGAGCAAGCUAUCGGUGACGUCUACGCCGGAGAAGUACAACGUGAGCCUGGUGGCGCCGGACGUGGCGUGGCAGUACAUUGUCUUGCUGUCGGCGAUGACGUUGGGAGCGGCGUGGAACGCUGCGAUCGUUGACGGGGCGCACUCGUCGCUGGCUCUUGUGUACUACAUCGCGUCGUUGAGAUCGUUCGUAGCUAUGGUUCGGCUGGGGUUUCCUCAAUCCGUCGCCGACUCCAAGAGUUCCAAAGUCGUCGCCAGCCUCGUUGGUCUUCACGUGACCCAGAUCAUCGGCGAAACUUUAUUGGGAACCGGUGCGGUUGGUCACGACCAAGAGGAGAUCGGCGGUUUAAAUGAAUCAUCGACUGACGGUGAAGAUAGAAGAUCAAAACAUGAUGAGUACAUGAAAGUGAAUGAUUACGACGAUGUGCACGAGACUGAUGGUUUGAUCUCAUCGUUGACCGAUGAUGAAAUAAGAGGAACGAGGGUCGUCGGUGAUCAGGAAGAAACCAACGAGAAGGAAGUGGACGGUCGUGAUGCAAAGAACGGGACUGGAGCUGAUCAUGGAUCAACGGUUGAAGAUGGAGGCGCACAGUUAGAUGGAUGGGACUGGGAACACGUAAUGAUCGACGGAUGUAAAUGAGCUAAAUGGCUGGAAUGUUAGAGAAAGAGCCUUAGUUAUUGAGUCAGGCUAUUUUCAUUUGAUAACAUUGCUAGUUUUUGGAGUUGGACAGAGCUACAUUAAGAGACAGGAACUUGCACUGAUUUUUUUUUCAAGUCUUGUGUUGUUUCUUCUUCUCGGGUGC